UUGCCUUUGUACCUCGUCUUACUACAGGGAAGUUAAAGUGGAGGACAAGCUGCUAAAAUGACAGGCGGCGUAGGCGACAAUUCAGGCAAGGGCCUGACCCUCGAUGAUCUCAUCGAGGCAAUGGACAAGCGGGAGAGGACGCCGAGAAGUGUCCCCAAAGUCGACACCUUCCACUUCAAUGGGGAACGGGUCUCUGAGUGGCUGGACCUAGUGGAGCAAGCCUUGGUGGGAGUACCAGACGAGACAAAAUUCAAACGCAUCCUGCAGUAUGUGCUCCAUAAGCACCAUCCGGAAGUACAGAAGGUGGUCGACGACGCUAACGGCGACUGGGCUAAAUUUAGGGAAGGGAUGCAACGGAAGUACAGGCUGGGAGACGGCCUGCUGACUAUGGCGGACCUAGAGGCAAUGAAUAGGGACGACUUCACCACCAUUGGGGUGUUCCUGCAAGAAUUCAAAAAGAAGGCAAGAAAGGUUCAUGGGAUAUCAGAGGAGGCGCAGUGCGCCGUCUUCCUGGGACUGCUCACCGCAUCUGAGACAGUUGAGUUAACAAGCCAUGGGGGAGGAAAUGCCAAACUUACCUGGGCCACCAUUGACAGAGGAGUGGAGGUCGGGAGCCUCGACCAGGUUGAGCAGCACCAGGUGAGGCCGCAAAGGCAGAAGAGAAAGGAAAGGGAUGCGGCUGGGACGCCAGGAGUAAAGAAGAUCAUAACCGACGUAUUAGCAGGGCUAGACCCGGUGAUACAGCGGAAGGUGACGGCGACAGCCCAGGAAAAGGGCAAGGGGGCCAUGGUAGAGGAGGCUACCCAGGAACGAUGGGAAGAGGAGGAACCGGUACCUCCACACCUUACGAAGGCGCAGCGUAAGCAGCGCAAUCUAGCACAAGGCGGACAAGGGUCAGGAAAGGGCCAAGCGCCUCAAGUAGUGGUUGCGGCAUCUCCGAGUUCGUCCGGGCCAUCAAGUAGUGCGGGCCCGUCGCAAGCACCAGUGCCACCAAUUGGGCACUGGUCGUGGCCCCUGAUUAAUACCUAUGUACCCUGGGGUGGCCCAGCGCCGUCUGGACAGGUAAUAUCCUACGCUGGGCCCCAAACAAGUAUGCCACCUCCGAGCUACCCCGCCGCCCAGACUCAGCCAACGGUACCACCUUCGCCGACGCCCACACAAAGUUCACAAGGUAGUGUGACGGGUGGUGGUAACCAAGGCCAAGGAAACCAAGGGAAUGGAGGAAGGGGCGGUGGACGAGGACGUGGCAGGAAUGGCGGUGGCUGGGGAGGCCAAUGGGGCAACCAAGGUGGCCAAGGCAAUCAAGGCGGCCAAGGCAACCAAGGGGGCCAAGGUGGUGGAAGGGCCCGAUUUGAUUGGAGGACUGCCAUAUGUCAGCACUUUGAUCAGCAAGGUCACACUAUUAGGUUUUGCAACAUACGGAGAGAGGACGAGAAAAAUGGACUGAUUUAUUCUAACAUGGAUGGGGACAUUUAUGACCAAUUUGGAGAGUUUAUUGAUAGGAAGGCUGGUGGGGUUAAGGCGGAGGCCCAACGAAGGUUGGCAGCACGACAACCACCCCCUGCCACGUUCAGGCUAUGGCAGGAGAAGGAAGAACUGCCAAUUGGAGUUGAGGAAGUAGGAAGCGACGAGGAAAUAACCCAGAGGCUACAGGCCGGGGAUGUAAGAGAGAAGCCCAUAGUCAUCGAGUCGGACGAUGAGGGUGACAAUGAAGAGGUAGAGCCGGCGGGAGCCCUGCUGAAUAAGAUGGAGGACUUAUUGGCCAAGGCCCCCUACCCUGCAAGCACUCGAAGUCAAGCCAAGGCAGGUGCGAGUCAAGAACCUCCUCGGAAGGGACCCGAACCAGAAAAGGGGAAAGAAACUGUAGAGGUAGAGGAUGAUGAUGAUGAUGAAGGGGAAGAUGACCGAUUACGUCAGGAGGAAGAUCAGAGGGCCGAACAGCGAGCCAAGAAAAGAGAAAGCCGGGGAGAGGCCGAACCAGUUAUGCGAGACGUACCACCAAAGAGGAAGAAGUAUGCGGUCCGGCUAGAGGAAGGAUUUGAUGUAGAGCGAGUGAUUGACAGGCUGCUUGAGGGCCAUAAUGAUUUAAUGACCCUCAAGGAGAUCCUGGCUUCCGCGCCAAGGCUCCGAAACGAGCUGAAGGGUAGACUGUCAAGGCGGCUGGUACCAAAUGUUCACCUCAGCUUGAUCUUGCCCAAGGAGAUGGAAUGGGCAGAGCCAGGGACGAAAAUGGAUUGGAAGUGUGUGGCUUGUGGCGUGGUGGACCUAGCGGUGAAAGGCUCUAAGUGCACGGCCAUGGUAGAUACGGGGGUCGAAAUGAACAUUAUUCGGGAGGCCGAUGACGUCAGAUUUGGACUAGAGAUAGACCGCUCGGACUGCGGCAUCCUGCAUGGGGCCAACAACAAGGCUGUGUUUUGUGGAACAGCCUCAAAUGUGCUAUUGGAGAUUGGCAGAGUGAAAGCGCGGGCCUAUUUCUUUGUGAUGCCUGAUGUAGACCACAGUAUCCUCCUGGGGAGGUCCUUCCUAUGCAGGACGGAGACCUUGAUCAUGCGGGAAUUACGAAGUGAUUACCUGCCGGACACUGGGCUAAGGAGCCUCAGGAACAGGCCCAACCCUGGCUCGUUCACGAUUGAGGAGUCCGAAGACGCGCAUUGGAGGCUUAUGGCAGAGCCCGAGGAGGAAGUAGAAGGUGAAGCCUUCUCGCUCAGCCUGUCGGAUGUGGAAAAGGCCAUGGAUAUAGUGGCCACGCACGAGAUGGCCGAUCCGGAUGCCAUUCAGGCGUUGAGGGAGCAGGUUCUGGAGUAUCCCCAGGUGGGGGAAAUGGAGCUGGUCUAUCGGCUUCCUAAGGGGGGGAAUGGAUCCGACGGUGGCACAGGCACAGGCACGAGCGGCAAGUCAGCCUUUUUUAGGGGCCGGCUCAAGCAGGGUGUCCAAAGGCGGUACAAAACGAUAGACAAAAAGUGUCGCCCAGUUCCCGUUCUUGUUACCGAGGACGAGGAAGUGUACUACGACCGGGAGCGAGCGUUGAUACGGCGGAUGAGGGAAAACGCGUCAGAAGGGCCAUGCUGUAUCAAUGAGGAAAACGAAGGGAAGUUGAUAGUGGGGGAGCCGGACUUCCUACUACCUCGGGAAAGAGCCCUGAUGGUGGAGCUGAUGAAGAAAAGACAUUGCGCCUAUGCGUUCAGCGACGAGGAGCGUGGCAGGUUGGAUGUGGACAAGAUUCCAAUGAUCCGCAUCCAUACCGUGCCGCACGAGCCGUGGAAUCUAAGAGGGGCGCGAUACCCAGAUCCGGACGAAGAGAAGAGGGUAGUGUACUACCUCGAUGGCAAAAUACGCACGCACGUGCUACCAAAUGCUGAUGCACUGUCGGAAUCGUGCGUUGGGAGGUCGAUAAUUUUACUUAUUGACCUCUAUUCUGGAUAUGACCAAUUUCCGGUCUACACGCCGGACCGACCAGUGACAGCUAUGCACACGCCUCUGGGGCUUAUCCAUAUGAAUGUGGCUCCACAAGGGUGGACGAAUGCGGUGGCGAUGGUCCAGAGGAAUAUGAUCCGGGUCAUGCAGACCGUUAGUCCACACAUCACGCAGCCGUACAUCGAUGACCUGGUAGUGAAAGGGCCGCGAAAAAGGGAAGACGAUGAAGUCCUGCCUGGAGUAAGGCGGUUUGUUUGGAGGCACGUUCAGGACCUUGAUAAAGUCUUGGGCUUGCUUGAGGAGUACAACCUUACGGCCAGUGGGCCUAAGUCUAAGCACUGUAUGAGGGAAGCGACUAUCUUGGGGUUCGUCUGUAAUGAGAACGGUCGGCGGCCGGAUGUUAAGAAGACGGAUAAGAUAGUUGAGUGGCCGGUGUCAUUCCGUUCUGUAACAGAUGUAAGGAGCUUCCUAGGUACGUGUGGGUUCUGGAGGUCCUUCGUCAAGAACUUUGCGGCAAAGACAAAGCAAUUAAGGAAGCUGGUCCGGCAGGAUCAGGAGUGGACCUGGGGUGAGGAUCAGGAAGAGGCAGUGGCCAACAUAAAAGAGGAGUUCCGGGAAGGAGGAUUGGUGCUGGGAGCGCCCGAUUAUGACGCUACAAAGACGAGACCAUUCAUUGUGGAGACCGAUGCAGGACCGACGGCCUUGGGUGGAGUUCUAAUUCAAGCCGACAUCAAGGGGAAGGAGAGGCCGUUGCGCUUUGAGAGUCGCGCGCUGUGUACGUCAGAAAGAAACUACUCUCAAUUCAAGAGGGAGACCCUCGCCGUCCUUCAUUGCCUGCGGAUUUUUCGAAACUACAUCUUCGGCAGGAGGUUCAUCUUAAGGGUAGACCCAACGGCUCUGGCUUUCUCCCUGAGGAAUUAUGUUCCGUCCGAUCCAACAGUUGCCAGGUGGUUGACAUACAUCUGGAUGUUCACCUUCGAGUUGGAACGGAUCCCAGGGAACAAGAACAGGGCAGAUCAGCUAAGCCGCAUCAACUGGGAUAGGCAGGACGGGGAAGCKGUAGAGGAUACGCCCCCUGUUGAUGGCUUUCUGGACCAGGACGAGGACAUCCGCCUCCACAUCAAUAAGUGGUCCCCACGAGUCCCCAGCUGCGUUGGCCAUCCUAUCUGGCAUGCGCCUAAGGGGUAUGAGCGGAGAGCUGAGAAGCUGGACAAGAGGUGGUUAGGUCCCUAUAGGAUCGUGCGAUGCGGAGAGUUCGGCGCAUACCAGAUCAAGGAGCUGAAUGGAACAGAGUGGAAAGACUGGGUGUCAGGGACGAGGUUGAAGAAAUUUGUGGCCAGAGAAGAGGCGGAAAGACCUUUGGCCAGACAGAUCAGGGAUAUGGCCCGAGAUUGGGAUGGUUAUAGAGCGCACUUGAGGGCGGCAUUCCGACAGCCAGAACCACCUCGGCCUAGAGUCGAAAGGCGCCUCAGGAGCUGUAGGCAGAGGGAACCUGAGCCCGUUGAGGACCGAACCUCGCAGAGAGGACGGAAGGCGCUCGCUAGGCGAGAGGAGGAAACGGUACCUGAGGCAGAACGACAGGAGGAGCACCCCGAGGGUGGACUGGGGCCAGUAGAGUUCCACCGCUACACUGGAGGAGGACUGGGGGAAGCGCCACAGCAUAUACAGGAAGAGAUACCGGCCGUUGAAGGGUCAUUGCAAGAGUUAGAGGCACAUCUGGACGUUGCCCAGUGGAGAGAGCCGCCGAUGAGUGAGGGGCGCAUUGAGGCCGUCGCGGAAGUACCACAAGAGAACGUUCCAGACCCUGAACAAGAGGAGGGGCCGAGCGCUACGAAAGACCGGAUUGGGGAUGAGAUCAUAGAAGUUGAGGAAGACACUCCCCCUCAGGGACCAGCCGUGGGGCUGAGGCUCGGUAGUCCACUCGAGAGCCCGCCAGAUACGAGGAAGAAAGUACAAAGGGAGAAAGUCCCAAUCUCAGUGUCGGAGACAGCCCUAUCGCCGACAGGAAUGGAGGCAAGUGAGGCGGAGGGGGCCAGUCUGAGAAGGGAGGCCGACAGUCUGAUUGAUAGCCAUCCGGCCGCCCACGCUCUGGAGCAACCUAGUUUGGAAGAGGUCAUACCUAUGGAGUCACUCCAGGAACCAAGUCAAGCCGAGAGAGAGGUGGAAACGGAGAUCUCGGGGGAAGUCGAACAACGCAUGGUAGAGGAAAUACCAGCGAAAGAAACGGCUGAGGAGAAGCGGGCUAGAGUGGCAAGACGCUGGGAGGAAAUCCGGCAGGAGGGGCAAAGAUUGGAAGCAGCAGGGGUACUCCCAAGUCCGCCACCGCCCUAUAAACCAUAUGGGCUCCGGGAGAUGUGGGGAGAGUUUCUUGCUCGUCAUGGCGAAGGGUUGACGACCCCAGGCAAGGCGGAGGCUGAAACUUCACAGAGAGCUGAUGAGUAUUUGGAUCAGAGGAUUCGCUCUGUAUCCAAGACCUCCGUCGACAGGCAUAUGAUGUUGGAGGCGGAUCUGAGAGGGAAGGAACUGAAGGAAGUAGGGCUGGAGUCACGGGAUGGGGCGGAGAGUAGCCGGCCAGGAGAGCAGAGGCAACCGGGACAUGGCAUAUCAGGGCAACCAGUUGUGGCUGAGCCUCAGCAAGAGGCACCUAUGGGAAGAGUCAUUUUGGAGCCUGAGGAGGCAGAGGCCAAGAGGAAGGCUGAGAGGGAAGCCUUCGAAUUCAGAGCCCCUACGGAGCUUGCGGUGCUACCCACGAUGGUUGCAGACCCUGCCAUGCCACCGUCACUUGAGGAGAGACUGCCCUCGGCUAGUGACGAGCCUCCCCAAGGCUCGGCAGGGGGUUCCUUGGACGUGCUACUGGAAGCAGUCCACUCUAUGCAGGAGGAUGUUGGCUUGUUUUCACCAGAGUCCAAGUUGGAAGAGCCCCUGGAGAGCGAGGUGGGAGGUGCAAUGGAGGGCAUCAUCGUAGGCAGGCCCCAGAGGUUGGAUACUCCUGACUAUGAGCCAGAGGGAGCAAGGGCGCAACCAGGGCCCAGUCCGCGAGAGUCGGAGGCAGGAUCUGAGAGACCCAGAGAUGUGCCUCAGUGCCAUGAGUUGGACGGAGAGGCCAAGGAAACCCCAUCGCCAGCAGGGCCCCAGCGGAAGAAGAAAAGGCCUAGGAAGUCUUUUGACUCGACCUGCUUCUAUUGUACGAAAGAAGAGCACAGGGCAUUGCAGUGCCUCAAAUUCCUAAAGGACCAGGCAGACGGGAAGGUCUCGGAGUAUGAUGGGAAGAUGUAUGAUAGGCAGGGUAGAGUGGUGGAACGAGCUGUAGAUGGGGGUAGAGCUCAGUUGUACAGGCAGAACCAGGAGGAGAUGAGUAGGGUCUGGUUCACCUGAAUAAAAACUAGAUAUAUCUUUGACGAUUUUGCUAUUACUUAGGCAGGGUGGACACCAACGACGUUGAGUGUGCAGAUGGGACCUACGACAUGGGGUGGCCCUGUAACUAGGAUCAUGUAAAAUAGGGAGUGUACACUAAGUGACAGUAGAAUGUUGAGUGGUUUGGGGACUUCUUGUGCAGAUAACCAUGUACUAUAUUCAGGGUGGUGUGAGUUGUUUUGUGUGGGUCCUGAGACGAGGUUAUCCUGUGUAGUUUAGGAUGAGAUAUCUCAUCCAUGAGUGUA